AAAUGUCAGGAAACAGGAGAAGGAGCAAACUAAUGAUUAACCACAACACAACGGGGCAGUUCUAUGGAGGAGUGGUGGGAAGAAGGUAUAAAGAAAGGUUCAGAUCUGGGAGAUGCUGAUUCUACUGACUCUAUUCUAAGAAGACUGAGACAGGACCAGGUCGUGUCAGGUGUUAUAUUCAGUUUCUACAGAUUUCUAACUGCUACAACAAACCACAGAGGCUGCUUUCUCUUCCAGGUGGGACAAUAAUAAGUUCGUGCUCACAUCAGUCACCUGCCACAGAGAUGAAGGAGCUUGUUGUUCUGCUCAUUUUAUUCCCUAUCGCUCAUUCAGUUAAAAACUCCUUGAUUUUGUAUUUCCCAAUAUCUUCUGAAGUCCCAGACGUACCAGAAUAUAUGGUUGUGGCAGAAAUUGACGGAGUUAUCCUGCUUUACUACGACAGCAGCAUGAAAGCACCAGAACCCAGACAAGUCUGGAUGGCAGAAUUAAUUGCGGAAGAGCCAGAGCAAUGGGAAAUGAUUUCUCAGCAAUGCCUAAACUAUUAUCAUUCCCUCAAACGUGAAAGGGACUUCUUUAUUCAACACUCCAACCAAACUGGAGGUCUUCAGAUGUUCCAGCAGAUCAUUGGCUGUGAAUGGGACAAUGAGACUGAUGUGGUUGAUGGCUACAAGAAGUAUGGUUUGAAUGGAGAAGACUUCAUUUCAUUUGAUGCGAACACGUUGACGUGGACCUCUUUGAACCCUCUGGCUGAAACCGUUAAACAGGAGCUGGACAGAAAUGAAGACAUAAACGUGUACUGGAAGAACCUCCUCACAAAGGUUUAUCUUCUUUAUUUAAAGAUGUUUUUGAGCAGCUGGGACAGAUAUCUGAACAGAAAAGAUCUCCCCUCAGUGUCUCUCCUCCAGAAGACUCCCUCCUCUCCAGUCAGCUGCCACGCUACAGGUUUCUACCCUGACAGAGCCAUGAUGUUCUGGAGGAAAGAUGGAGAGGAGAUUCAUGAAGGAGUGGAACAUGGAGAGAUCCUCCCCAACCAUGAUGGAUCCUUCCAGAUGAAAGUUGACCUGAACAUUUCAUCAGUCUCACCUGAAGACUGGAGGAGGUACGACUGUGUGUUUCAGCUCUCUGGUGUGGAGGACGACGUCAUCACCAAACUGGAUGAAACACAGAUCAGAACCAACGGAGGAAAAAAUAAAAAUGACAAAGAGAAACUCUCUGAUGUGACCAUCGCCAUCAUCGCUACUGUGGGUGUUCUUGUUCUUGUUCUCGUCAUCAUUGCUGCCGUAGGAUUUGUUGUUUGCAGAAAUAACCCAGUUCCUGAGAGGAUGACUGAACUCACUGAGAGACUGUGCCGAUCGGCGUCGAGGUGAGGACCCAGAUGCAGGACGAUAGAUGAGGCACGAAGUUCAAACAAAAAUAUUUAAUAACAAACAAAAGGCGCUGCAAGCAUGGCAGGAAAUACAAAAUCCAAAAAUCACAAGAAAUCAUCAACAUGACGUGGGAACAUGGAACAUGGUAUUAAGACGACGCGACCAGGAACAAAGGGGAAAGGCGGGGCUGAGGGAUGACAAGACACAGGUGAGACACAUGAGGACAAUCAACACAGGUGAGACCAAUAAACAAUCAAGAGACAAAGCAGCACAAGACAGGAAAUCUACAACUUAAAAAAAAAAUAAAACAGGAAACACAAAACAUGAUCACAAAAUAAAAGACAGACAGACCGUGACAGACUUUGAACUCAAGUAAAACCUGGAGAGAGUCGACUGAUCAUUCAUCCAGAUCAUUCUUCAGUCGUGUGAAUGCCCCCGUCACCUUUUGAUUUCAGCUGGGCCCCUGUAACUGAUGGUAGACCUCUGUCUGAGGAUCUCCAAGUUCAUUCUGUCCUGUAUGCUGAUAAAAGGUCAGCAGUGUACUCAGGGCCACAGCCACGGAGAGAUUUAAAAGUAAUCAAUAAGGCGAUUCUAAAACAUACUGCAAUAAGAGUUAUUUUUUAAAAAAAAGUAGAGACAUUUUAUACACCAUGUUUUGUAUUUUUCUUUUUUUUUAAUUUAGUUUAUUUAGUUAUUGAAUUGUACUUUUGUAUUGCGUAUUUCUUUCUUGUUCUUGCUACUGCAAUUGAAGUUUGUUCAAAUGAAGAAGCUACAUUUAUUUGUAUGUCUCAGCAUACGCUCUUCUUGCCAGUUCAUUAGGUAAAUUAGUGAAAACAUUCUAAUCUUCUCUUCAUGACGGUUCUGGUAUUUGUUGUUUCAAGAAACUGAGAAAGCUUUGGACUCAACUGUGUUUUCAUUUUGAAGGUUGGAGUUUGGACAAAGAACAAGACCAGUUCCACCAUAACCAGUUUAGGUUUAGUGUAGGUGUUGUUCAUCAGUGAAACACAAUCUAAAGUUUUUAUCAUAGUGUCCACCGGAGCUCAAACUUUUCCAACAGCUGCAGCUGCUGUGCAGGUGGAUGACAGUGAGAUAAUGUGCUGCAACAGUGGCCACAAAUAAGUAGAACCCAAACAGGACAUGAUCUUACAGCUGGGGACAACAUGACUGAACUCACUGAGGGACUGAAUCCAGACAAAGACAACACCCAGCCCACAGAGAAGUCAACAAUUCACACGUCCACUUGAUCAAACUCAGAGACCACUUUUCAUUACUGUAGAAAACACUACUGCUGCAAGAAGGACAAUCUUAACAACCAUUUUCCUGAAAUCUUUCUAUGUAGAUAAAUAAGAAAAGCUGAGACAUUUUGCACUGUUUUGUUAUUAUUUUUUUUUUUUGCUGUACAUUUUUGUGUUUUCCUUGUGAAUGUUGUAUCAACGUUUUGUAAAAAAUCGUAUUUAUGUUGUCAUCCAUUAAUAAUUAAAAUUAUUCUCAGACAAAAGUUA